UAGUUUUCCCCGCUCCAUUCCUAGGCAUCGCUUUGCUUUCCUUCCGGGGAAGAUCGUUCUGCUUGUGAUCCUGCUGAGGAAAGAGACUCCGAUGGACUUACACCGGGCAGCGUUCAAGAUGGAGAACUCACCCUAUCUCCCCAACCCACUGGCCUCCCCAGCACUGAUGGUUCUUGCCUCCACUGCUGAAGCCAGCCGUGACGCUUCCAUUCCCUGCCAGCAGCCGAGGCCUUUUGGAGUCCCCGUGUCAGCAGAUAAGGACGUGCAUAUUCCCUUUACCAAUGGCUCAUAUACUUUUGCCUCCAUGUACCACCGUCAAGGCGGGGUGCCGGGAGCGUUUGCAAACCGUGACUUUCCUCCAUCCUUGCUUCACCUCCACCCCCAGUUUGCACCCCCCAACCUGGACUGCACCCCGAUCAGUAUGUUGAACCACAGCGGCGUUGGGGCUUUCCGCCCCUUUGCGUCCACUGAAGACCGGGAGAGCUACCAGUCAGCCUUUACGCCGGCCAAGCGCCUCAAGAACUGCCACGACACUGACUCACCCCAUCUGCGCUUCUCGGACACUGAUGGGAAGGAGUACGAGUUUGGCACGCAGCUCCCGUCCAGCUCCCCCGGCUCCCUCAAAGUUGAUGACACGGGGAAGAAGAUCUUUGCAGUUUCUGGCCUCAUUUCUGACCGUGAGACUUCAUCCAGUCCGGAAGACCGAAGUGACAGAUGCAAAAAGAAAGCAACUUUGUUUGACAGCCAGGCUCCGAUCUGCCCCAUCUGCCAGGUCCUCCUUCGCCCUGGGGAGCUGCAGGAGCACAUGGAACAGGAGCUGGAGAAGCUCACCCAGCUGAACAUCAGCAAGAGCUCCAUCCUGAAGGAUGCCAUGGCAGCGGGCACCCCCAAGUCAAUUUUGUUGUCGGCCUCAAUCAAGCGGGAAGGAGAUUCUCCGACAGCGUCACCCCACUCCUCAGAUGACAUCCAUCACUCGGACAGAUACCAGACCUUCCUGCGGGUGCGAGCGAACCGGCAGACCCGGCUGAACGCUCGGAUUGGAAAAAUGAAACGGAGGAAGCAAGACGAAGGGCAGGUAUGUCCCCUCUGCAGCCGACCUCUGUCAGGAUCCGAGGAGGAGAUGAGUAGGCAUGUGGAACAAUGCCUUGCAAAGAGAGAAGGUUCAUGCAUGACUGAGGAUGACUCUGUGGACAUCGAGAACGAGAACGGGAACCGCUUUGAAGAGUACGAGUGGUGCGGGCAGAAGAGGAUACGGGCCACGACCCUCCUGGAGGGAGGAUUCCGAGGUUCUGGGUUUAUCAUGUGCAGUGGCAAGGAGAAUCCAGACAGCGAUGCUGACCUGGAUGUGGAUGGAGACGACACACUUGAAUACGGGAAACCACAGUACACAGAGGCAGACGUUAUCCCUUGCACUGGAGAAGAGCCAGGUGAAGCCAAAGAAAGGGAGGCGCUCCGAGGUGCUGUUUUAAAUGGUGGCACACCCAGUACUCGAAUAACACCGGAGUUUUCUAAAUGGGCCAGCGACGCAGAAAUGCCCUCAACGAGUAAUGGUGAAAGCAGUAAACAGGAGACCAUGCAGAAGACCUGUAAGAACAGUGACAUUGAAAAAAUUACAGAAGACUCCGCAGUGACAACAUUUGAAGCGUUAAAGGCUCGUGUCCGUGAGUUAGAAAGGCAGCUUUCCCGUGGGGACCGCUAUAAAUGUCUCAUUUGCAUGGACUCCUACACAAUGCCCCUGACUUCCAUUCAGUGCUGGCAUGUGCACUGUGAAGAAUGCUGGCUGCGGACUCUGGGUGCCAAGAAGCUCUGUCCCCAGUGCAACACCAUCACGUCUCCCGGAGACCUUCGGCGCAUCUACUUAUGAAGGACCCGGCGGUGGGGCGGGACCCAGCGAUCGGCUCAGCUCAUCACACCCAGGGGGAGAAGAACGACCGCAACAAAAAAAAGACGUUUUAAAAUUUAAAGAGAAAAAAAAAAAAAAAAAACAAACCAGAGACUCCAGACAUGGACUCGAGGAUACAGGAGCAGUGGGGAGCCUCAGCUGCCAGGUCCCGCAAGUUGAGACCUCCUUCAGCAUCUGCAGCGGGCAAAACCAAACCCUUUGUUGUGAAGCCCCCUUUUUUAAAACCAGUGUUCCCCAUCACCCGUUCCCUGGAGCUGGCUUUGCAUUGUGGAUGGCUCAUGAGCCCUCCUUUGGACUGUGUUGUUGACCACUCUGCCCCCAGGAGACUGGGGAAGGGACCCUUGACAGAAAGAUGUUAAAUAACCUGUAACUUGUGUUCUUUGUUCAGUUUUGUUUUGUUUUGUUUUUAUUUGUUUUGGUUUGGUUUUUGGUUUGGUUCUGUUUUGGUUUUUUGUGGUGUUCUAGUGAUAACAAAAAGGUUUAAAGAAAAAAAAAACACACCCAGGCAGAAAUGAAGCACAUGUAAUAUAGAUUAUAUAUGUUUACAAUGUUGUGUAUAAAUGGGAUAGACUCAAACAUUACAUACUAAUAAGUUUCCCUUUCUUUUCUUUGGGUUGUAUUUUUUUUAAAGAAGAAAAAAAAAUGAGCAGAGAACAUUAAACCCAUAUUUUUCUUGGUUCAGCAAAGUUUUGGCAUUAAAGUCAUUAGUUUAAAAAAAGUAUAUAUAUACAUAUAUAUAAUAUAAAUGGUUUAAUGUUCUGUGGUGUAUAUUUCCUCAUUCAGAUAUGAAGUUAACAGCUUUUAGUAAUGGCUGUAGCAUUGCCCAUAACUUACAGAACUUAUGGGGAGUAGAGGAGGUGGAUUUUUGUCAUUAGUUGUAGCUAAUGGGGCUAUUUAUAAUAGAAUCGUUAUCCCCGGAAAGACACAGCUUUUAACUCCUCACCGGGGGCCGGGCAGGAUGGAGGAAUCUGGCUCAGCCCCUUUGCCUUUUCCAGCUGGGGAAGGGGCAAACGGUGUGGAGCUGGAAGGAGGGAGUCAGCUGGAGCCCUGCCUUCUCCUCGGGCUGGGAGUGCCUGCUCGAGGGGUCCGGCUGAUCCCCUCUGCCUCCUCCAAGGCUGUAGCACCUUCCCCUCCCCUGCCCGGCUUUGCUUUCCUCUCCUCCAGGCAGCAUUUGCUGCCUGAGGAUGCCUGGGCUGCUCAGGACGGUGGGGAGGUGGGGAUGGCAGGGGACAGAGUGGUCAUGCUGGUGGCUUUGCCCAGAGAGCUGGGCCAGUUCCCUCACGGGUGUGGCUGCAGCAGGCCCGGUGCUGCCCAGCAGAGCUGUGCAAACCCUGCAGAGCCAGCCCUGCCCUGCACCCACAUCCCGCAGCUCCCACCCUCCUACAGCCUGCAUUUUGCCCAAGAGGUUUUGGCACUAGGGCAGAGAGCUAAGCCAGCCCUGUCUCAUCCACACCACCACCCCCAGGGUGUCCAGCAGAGACAUUUCCAGCUGAAUCCAGAGGCCCCCCACAGCCCCAGCUUCUUCCACGCAGUCUCUCGUGCUUGUCCCUGUCUCCCAUAUCCUCAGCCUUAACCAAAGCUGCCAUCUGGCCUGGUUUUUUGGUUUUGUUUCCUUUAUUGUCAGGACCCAAGAAACAGAUACUGAUCCAUUUCCCAAGACCUCGUCUUCUGAAUUCUCCCAGCUCCACACUGUGCAUCCCUGCCCUAGCUCCCCGCAGCCAGAAGACAGGGAGAUGGGGAAGCUCAUCUCCCCUGCUCCUGCAGGGUCUUUCCAAGCAGAUCCCACCUGGCAGCAAAACGUGGCUGGGGCAUUUUAAGACAGUCUGGGAACAGUGGUGGAUGAGGGGUUUGGAACUGGGCCACUGGGGUAUUUCCAGAGAGGGAAAGGCUGGGGAGGCAGGAUGUGGAGGGCAGGAUGUGUUCCCUGCUCUGAGCUUGGUGCUGUUUUGUAGAGAACAGCUGCUGGCCUUGGCAUCUCCUGAGUGAUUUCAGAAGGAUCCCACUGCAUAAAAAAAAAAAAAACCAAACCAAAUUGAAGGAGCUGUUAUUUGAUAAGCAUCUCAUCAAAAGGUAACAAUUCCUAAUUGGGAUUUUCCCAGGUCUCCAAGCUCAUAGCAGUGUGUGGCCUCUGAGAUCAGAGAGCUGCAGCCUCCUGUGCUCAGGGACAUGUACCUGCAGAGCUCCCAGGGACCAGAGGAAGCUGAGGGACCCUGGAGGGUCCUGACCCCACGAGGAGACUGCAGGCAGGGCCUGCCCAGGGGGCUGUCACUGCUGGGUGACCCUGCACCCAGCAGCACUCGGGCAGGGGAAGGACAGGCACACACAGCUCGGGCUGGGUUUGUGAAGGGAGAAAAACCUGGGGGGGAUGUGGCUGAGCUGGGAGUGUGCUGGUGCUGAGGUCUCAGAUUUGGACAGGGUGCAGCAGGUGGGUUUGAGAGACAGACAGGAAGGCAGGACAGGGCAGGACACCCCAAACCAGCCCUUCCUUGGAAAUAGGCCCUGGGAGGGAGCCAGAAUUUCUGGCAGGUGUUGUGGACCAGCCGUGUGCUCUAUGUACGUAUGUGUAAAACCAUAUGUAACUAGUAAUUGGUUCUUUGUUUUGGGGGUUAUUUUUUGGUUUGGUUUUUUUUUUUUUUGUUUAAAUUGUAAAGCCAUCCCCUGUUUUCAAGGGGGGGAGCUGCUGGGGGAAGGCUGGGGAGAGAGGCACCCUGGUUUGUAACAGGCAUCCGCCACUUCCCCUCUUCUGUAAUGAGUUUAAAUGAUUUAAAAAAAAAAAAACAAAAAAACCUGAAAUAUCAGAGUUACCUAUCUUUGCCCAAAGAAUCCCAGUUGCACAAAGCGAUAUUCCGGUGUGUCGAUGAUUGUGUGUCAGUGUAUAUUAUACAAAGAGGUACUUGUCACUCCCGUUUGUAAACUACAUUUGACAUUAAUUAAACAAGUAUAAAUCUU